UAACACUAGUAACGGGCAAAGCGCGCGCGCUCUGUUGCUAUAAACAUCCGUUUCAUGAGGAAAGAAAAAAAACCUUUUCACAUGUUAGAACGAAGGGUGGUUUUGUGGUUCCAGCAAAGGAAAAUGCUCUCACAUUUUCCGACCAAUACACUCUCGCAGACUGAACUUCUCUCCAUCUCCCGAUCUAGUUCCUCUUCUCUCAGUAUCAGGCGCACUUUGGGUGGAAAAAUAUCCUUUUUCGCAUAUAGAGAGAGAGAGAGAGAGCGCGCGCGUGAGAGGCGAGUUUGUUCGCCACAACCCCCGGUGGCUCCCCAAUAGCAAAACUUGCCGGUAAAACAUUGCGUUUAAGGAAAAUAAAACCACACACACACAUCGAGCCAAAAACGACAUAUUGUCGACGGAUGGCGGGUGACGGAUGGCAGGACUCGCCCCGGGGAAAUGUGAUGCAGCGCGCGGAUUCUCGGUACCGCUCACAGUGUUUUCCUGAUUCUUCUCGUGCGGUUGCAAAACUUGUUUAUAGAUAGUUUUCAAAAUGCAAAUAAUCAUUACAGUGAAUUUUUUGCCGUUGUAAACACUCUUUCUAAACAAUUGCUAAUGGGGAGUUUUUUUUUGGGCAAACGAGUUUAAGGUGGUGUUGGUACUAAAUGGUGGCUGCUUCUAAAAUCAAUAACUAUAGUUUAUGCUGUGAAAAGAAGAGUUCACAUCGCAAAACUGCAUCUAUAUUUUCAAGGAUAUUGGUAGAAUCUUCGAAGUACUUCUUUUCUAAAAUGAACAGUCGUUGCGUGUAUAUGUGAGAAAUCAGUGUCAAAUGUGUAAUUAAUACUAAAAGGAAGCUUAAAGCAUGUCCUUCAAUUCUAAACGAAGUACUUCCUCCCGAAGUUUCCCCUAUGAACAGCCAAACAAAAUUGAAAACACAAUCAAUGAGGACGAUCCUCACAACAAGGGCUCAGUUUUUCUCAACUUAAACAUUGGUGACAAACACGAAGAUGACAGAUAUGUCGAAAUAAUGUCCGCAAUCGCCGUGACCGAGAAAAAAGAACUCGAACGAUGCAAUGAGCGUAACCGAUGCCUUGCACUUGCGGACGAAAGCAUGCUCGAUCAUAAAUUCGAUCGGCUGCUAUCGGAGGUGCACGGACUACGGGAUCAAAUUGGGGAUCGCAUCGAAACGCUGAACCGUCGCCUUACGCAAACGAAUCGACUGUUUCUGGCACACCAGGACUACGGGCAUCGUUCAAACCGGGCCGGUGAUCUGUUGCUAAUCGGCGUCCCGGCAACUCUCCAAGGUGAUGGACUACGCGAGUGUUAUGUGCGUAUUGCCCGCCGUCUGGGAUACACGGAGAGUGAAAUCCCCAUCGUCCAUAUACGAAGGCUUGAUCUCGGAUCAUCGUCACCGGAUGUCCAACCAUCCCGGUACAGUGUUGCCGUGCUGGACAAUCUCGCAAGGACACGCGUUGGGAAGUUACGUGCCGGUGUAACCGAUCCCACCGUACAGCCACCAGCCGUACACGUCCAGUUUGUGUUUCGAAAUGCUCGAAAUGAGUUUUAUCGCCGGUACCAGGAAGGUGGCAAAGCGGGAACUGGACUGGCGCUGCAGGAUUUGGGUUACAGCGGAUCGGAGGGGCGAGUGUUUGUGAGUGAAAAUUUAACCCGCGGUAACGUCAGCCUUAAGGCGGAGGCAAUGCGUCUGAAACGCGAUGGCAAAAUCAAGAGCGUGUUCACGGUGAAUGGGCAAAUUUACGUGAAGCGAACGAUUGAUCAUCGACCGGAGUUGGUCACCAGUAGCGUCGAUCUGCUACUGCUGGAUGAAACUAAAAUGAAAGCAAACAAGGAUUGCUACCCGCGGGUACUGGAGCACAUCAUCAACACACAGUCUCCGCAAGUACUGUGCCGAGAUUACAAGGAGAUUCUGGGCACGCUUGACAUCAUCUCCACCGAUCCAGAUGAGUCCGUACGACUAUACUUGGCCUGCUGGCUGCAGAAGUACUGUGCGAGCUGGUUCGAUCGAGACCAAGACCUGCAAAGCAUAUUCAGCAAAGCGUUCCUGGAGAAGAUACUGCAGAUCAUCGUCCGUUACCUAACAGACGAGCCAAAUGUUCGUGCUUCGUCAUUCGAAUCACUGACGUAUCUGAUUGAGAAAGGCUACCUAGACCGGGCGACCACGCUUAAGCUGAACAUCGUCGAAGAGCUGGUCAGCAAACCGAUCAACGAGCAGUUCAUGGACAUGUGCACCAACUACAUCCAUCUGAUGGUAAAGAUUGCCCCGCUGGUGGGUUGCUCCAAGACGCACGAGCUACUGUACAGUCGCUUCGUGAAAAUGUGUACCUGUAAGAUCAACUUCGUCCGCAAGGAAUGUGCCACCGCCUUUCCCGUGAUGUGCGAAGUCUUAGGCAACGAAGUGUUCGAAAAAAAUCUGCUGCCAAUAUUCAUGAAAUUGUGCGAGGAUGAAAUUUGGACUGUGCGCAAGGCCUGUGCGGAGGUGAUGCCAUUCAUUGCACUGCUUUGCACGCUUGAAAAACGUCGCAAGGUGCUGGUACCGGCAUACAAGAAGUUCAUGUUCGACACAAGUCUUUGGGUGAUCAAGGCGGCACUAAAGAAUUUGGGUCGGUUUUUGGCGACGUUUGCGCAGCUGCAGAUACUAGGGCUUGCGUACAAUGGCAGCCUGGAGCUGUCGAUAACGAAUGCGGCCGAUGAAGCGUUCUCCGAGCUGAUGGGCAAUGCGCGACAACUUGCCCACGGCAGUCAGCAACCGGCUGCGAGUGUGCUGUUAAAGAACUUCGAGUCUUACGAGCAGCGGUUCAAAGAAUCGAUCCAGCGACAUGCGCUGCUGUCGCUGGUGAAAUCUUCCGAUGAUGAUGGUCCAUCGUGGAAGUCGGCUUCACCGCGGUCCGAGGAUCGAAUCAACGUGGAGGCGUAUCUCGCGUCGCUAGUGUUCGUCGAGGAGCAUCUGUCCCAGCGUCAGUCGACCGGUUCAACAUCGGACGAUGGUGGUGGUGGUAUAUCUAAGAUAGCGGACUUUUACUACGUGCGCCACAAGUCACUGUCGUCUAGCUCGUCGAUCGCAUCAACAUCGCCGACACCGUCACCACUGUAUCGCGCCAACCAGAGUUACGAUGAGAAGAAUCCGCUGAAUCGCUUCAUGCGUUACUGUUCGCCGCUCAAGAACAACUUCGAGCACGCGUUCGCCAACCCAUCGGGAAGCGAUGGUGGAGAUCAGGGUGGUGGUAGCGAUGCCUUCGACAACCAUGGCCACUGGGACUCGGAGGACGAUAACUACGGUUCCAACCAUCUGCACCAUCUGCCGGAUCUUAGUUUGGCCGGAGCGGACGUGGAGGGUGGCGGCGGCAGUGGAGUCAUCUAUGACAGCGAUAAUCCAAAGCAUCAGCAGGCGGACGGUGGAGGAGGCGAAGCAGGAGGGCUGGACUUUAUCCUGGAGGCGGGCGAAGAGGACGAAAAUGCGAUCGACGAAUGUUUCAAUUCGCAUCAGUUCUGGUACAUUAGUCCGGGUCUUGCGUUGGAUUUGGAGUUCAUCGACAAAGAGGAAACGGCGACGGGCGAAGAGGAAAAGGAGGAAUCCGAUGCGAGCAAUAAUAACAUUCAGGAGGUUCACGAGCGUGCUAAUGUGGAAGGAAAACUUGGAACGCCAGCAGCACCAGCCGCAGUAACACCAGCAGUUGGGUUGGCGGCAGAAGAUAGCAGAAAUAAUAAUCUGCUGCAGCAGGGCACUGGUGGCAACAGCAGCAGCAGCACCAGCAGUGAGUCGCCUACUGUUGGCGAAACGGACUCUUCUUCAGCCGCCAUGGUGGUGGAAGACAACGAGAACCAAAAUGAUAGCGACUCAAGCUACGGCAGUAUCAAUAACAACGAGACCGAGAACAACAAACUGAUCUACCUGUACGAGGAUCUGCUACCGUCCCAAUCACAAUCGCAAUCCGGUUCCGCAGGACAGACGGCGGGCAAUACAACGGCAAGCAACAAUAAUGCCGGUGCGGGCAGUGGUAAUGCUCCCGGCGGGACAUCGGGUGGUGCCGGCAGUAGCAGCAGCACAGUAACACCAACAAUGACCACGGUGGAACGAAUCCGUGCUGCGGAACAGCUGAAAACUCUCAUCCGCUGGGAGAACGAAGAGGUCGAGUGGAAUCUGCUCGAGGACUUCCUGCACAUGAAGAACGUCAACAAGGAGCUGUGCCAGGACUGUGCGUACAAUUUUCCCGCCGUGGUGCUUACGUUCGGUGACAAAUUUUGGCCAAUUUUGAACCGCUACUUCUUUGACUUGUGCGCCGACAUUCAGGACUCGGUUCGGCGCACGAUGGCCGCGUCGAUCAGCAAGAUCGCGCUUAUCAUCGGGCGGGAACAGGCAACGCGCGAUCUGGUACCAUCGUACACGGAGUUUCUGCUCGAUGCGGACGACAUCAAGUUCGAGGUGGUGCGCACACUGGCCGAGUUCCUGCGAGUGAUCGAUGCGUGCGAACACGAAACACUGAUGAACCAUCUCGGCAUGUGUUUGCAACCGCCGCUCAAUAUGAUGAACUGGCGCUUCCGGGAGCUGGCUGGUCAACAGAUUGUCGAACUGGCCCGCAUGCACACCGCGAUUCGCAAGGAGAACUGUCUGCUCUUCCUGACUGGGCUAGCAAUGCGGCUCAUGCUAGACAAGUAUGACAGUGUCCGAAAGGCUGGCAUCGAUGCGUUCGUCGAAUGCAGCCACGAGUUCCAGCAAAAUGACAAGGUGUUUGAGUUCUUCAAUAAGCACUUUGCCUUCUAUAGCAACUGGCGUCGCCGUCAGACGUAUGUGAUAGCGGCUGGAAAAAUGCUCGAGACUGAUCGUGUCGAGGUAAAAAUCUUCCGCAAACAUGUGUUCAACAAUGUACUCAAAUUGGCCGACGACGCGGUGCCGAAUGUUAGAAUACAAGUCGCCAAGUGCCUCAAGGAAAUCAUUGCUCCCCAUCCCAAAUUUGCAAACGAUCCCCUGGUCGAACCGACGCUACAGAAGCUACGCACCGAUAAGGAUUGUGAUGUGCGGGGUCACGUGGACGGUUACCAGAGCCUUGAGGAGGAGAUGGCAGCUGGUGGUAGUGGUGGUGGAUCGGGCGCAUCCAGUGCUAGCACAAUGAUGAUGACGUCGGGCGAAAGUGAAUCGCAUCAGGAUGCAUCGUCCCCAUCGACCGGUUCGCUGGCCGAAUCAUCCGUUUCAUCGCAUCUUUCCUAUGCGGAGGUUACGAGUGGAUACUUCGGUUCGGCCAUGUCCUCCCUUACGUUGGAUGAUCAUCAGUUUUCCGGCGAUAUGCGCCAACAGCAGCAACAAGACGAGGAGCACGAGCUGAAGGAUGAGGAGGAGGUACAGCUCAUUGCCGGAUCGUCCGAACGUGGUGUUGAUGUAUCGAACGAGCAAAUACCCGGCAUCGUGGAAAGGCCAAACGAGGAAGAGGACGAUGAUUGUGGUGAGGAAGCGAUCGAACAACCGACGUCGUCCAUGUCGACCGAUGACGAUGCGGCAUACUGUUCCGAGAUGGAAACUUCCUCUGCCGUCUCGACGCCAUCGGUGGCAACGGCGGCUGUUCUGGCUACCAUUCCAUUGCAGAAUGUUACGAUGACUAGCACCACCAGCAGUAGCAACAGCAGCGUCAGCAGCAGCAGCCAAGUCGUGCCAUCGUCCGACAGUACGGACGACUUGUCGGAUAUUGUAAAUGGUGAAACCGUACCGACGUCGCUUCCCACGCCACCUACCACCACAGCUAGCGAUAGUGCUGUGCCGAAGAAAGCAUCCGACACAAGUGCAACAGGGGCCGGAGGCAACAGCACCACCAACACGCCCAAGAUGAGGGAUAACUUCUUCCGGAGACGUUCCAAAGGCAAGAAGUAACUGUUGAUGAUCAUGUAACCGGGAGCACGCACUAACCACACCUCCUCGUCCUGCUCGUAAUCCUCCCGACCAACAGCUAUUAACAUUUAGUUGUCACGCGUAAUGCAAGUCGAGAGCGCGCGGGAAAAGCGAGAAUUUUAGGCGAUUGUUAAUACUACUACCCAACUAUUACUAUCAUUACUUCCGCUACGAAAAGCGUCUGGUGGUUGUAAAAGCGAUGCUUGAGUUUAUUUUUUUUUAAUGAAUAUAGAGAACAAUUCUUCCUCGCGUCCCGAAUGACCACCGAUAGAAAAAAGAAGAAGCAAAACUACACAAUUUGCCGAAAAAAACACGCACACACACAGAAACGCGGUCGCGCCCUUUCAAUUUUGAUUAAUUAGUUUUGGUAGGAUUGCACGCGCGUCGCACAGAGAGGUUAGGUUUUGUUAAUUUGCUGUGCUUCUGUCCUCUUGCUAUUUACUAUUUCUUUGCACCCAGCUCACCGUACGCGGCUGUGUGUGUGUUUGUAUGUGUGGUCGCCUGUUUAAUUUAGCAUAAUCCAAUCUAAUUCAAGAACUGCUAGAUAAAUUAGUGUGGAGACGUUCCGUUUUGUUUACAAGCCACCGUUUGUUGUCCUUUUUGUUUUAGUUUGCAGCAAGACAAAUAAAAGUGGUGGUCGCAAGAUAUAAGCAAAGAAACACAUUACAUGAUCAUCAUGGAACGGCUGCCAGCAGUCGAGAGAGAAAGAGAGAGAAAAGAGAGGAAGGUUAGAAUUGUUAAAUAAUAUCUUACCACAUAGAAACCGGCGUUUCUGUUAUAUCUUUCCAACAAAUAAAAUUCUAGUAGCUCCAGACUCAGGCGAUAAAAGCGAAGCGUGCGAAAGGACGAAAGUUUAUGGUAAGUGGAAGAGAAAGAAUUACAAGCAUAUUAUAAUUACAUUAGAGAAGCGAAAUGAUGGACUGCUGUGUAAACACGAUGUGAAGCGCGAUGUGAUUAAAACAAAAAACAAAAACCGGAUAAUGAAAGAGAUGUAAAACAACCAACAA